CAAAAUUCUGUCCCCCUCGUCAACUCCGCAUCGCCUCACAUCGCCCACCUGGACACCCCCGUUUGCGGCAUCGCGGUAAUUGAAAGCCACUCACUCGACGCAUCGGACUGUCUCUAAUCAUCACAGCGACGCUCACUGCGCCUUCAACAUGUCGGACGCCGACUUCGAGCGCGUUCGCCAGGCGCAAGUCGAGCGGAAUGCCGGCAAGAAAGGCGGCAAAGGCCUCGAUGCCGCCGGCCAGCGCAACAGCUCCACCAAGGCCUCGCUCACGGCGAACUUCGACACCGAGCUGUACGGCGAAGACUCUUCCAGUAAGUAUGCAGGGUACAACACCUCCAUCGCGGUGGACGAUGAUCAGGACAUGGAUAUGGACGAUGAGGGCGGCGACGGGCGGCUGGUGGGGCAGUACACGGCCACGGCAGCUCAGAUGAAUGAGUGGGCGCAUGGUGACACGGCGGAAGAGGAUAUGUUGGAGAGCAGGGAGAAACAGGCGCAGAUUGCGAACAGAGAGACCGACUAUCAGAAGAGGAGGUUCAAGCGGGACCUGAGCCCUGAGCGGGAGGGAGACCGCAGCUACCGUGAGGUCAUGGCUGAGCGGGACCUGGAGCGCGAGGAAGAGAGAGUGAAGAAGAUGAUCGAAGACAAGAACAAAGGGAAGAUUGAGGAUGAAGAGGAUGAUACGGUCAUCUCCGGGAAACAGCCAUUGCUCAAGGAUGGCAGUGCCGAAGACUCCGCAAACGGCGUCAACGGACACGAGGAAGUGAAGCCCCGGACACGGAAGAGGAGAUGGGACACAUCUGCGGACACCCCGGCUACCAACGGCGAAGUGGCCACAAAUGGCCAUGCGACUGAUGGCGAGGUUGCUACGAAGAAGUCUAGAUGGGACACCACCCCGGCAGUCAACGGCGAGGCGGCGCCCGCCAAAAAACGUUCGAAGUGGGAUGAAGUACCGUCCGCGUCCGGAGCGAGUACUGCAGCUGCAGUAGCUGCACCUUCGCAGUCUGCAAUGACUUUCGGAACAGACGUAUCAUCCCGGAACGCCGCCAUCUCCGACGAAGAGCUUGAUGAGAUGCUACCGAGCGAAGGCUAUCAGAUCUUGACCCCUCCACCAGGCUUCGAACCUGUGCGCGCCCCGGCCAAGCGGCUCGUGCCGGCUCAGCCUGCCAACACAGGCGGAUUCAUGAUGCAAGAGUCAGUCGACCCUCGAUCGAUGGGCAAGCAGCUACCUUCCGACAUCCCUGGCAUCGGUGAUCUGCAGUUCUUCAAGUCGGAAGACAUGGCAUACUUCGGCAAGCUGGUCGAUGGGGCUGAUGAGAACGAGCUUGGUGUGGAAGAGCUGAAGCAGCGCAAGAUCAUGCGGCUGCUGCUCAAAGUCAAAAACGGCACGCCGCCGAUGCGUAAAACCGCCCUACGUCAAAUCACCGACAACGCACGCCACUUCGGCGCCGGCCCCUUGUUUGAUCAGAUCCUGCCUUUGCUCAUGGAGAAGUCCUUGGAAGACCAAGAGCGCCAUCUUCUCGUCAAAGUCAUCGAUCGCGUGCUGUACAAGCUUGACGACCUGGUCCGCCCUUAUGUUCACAAAAUCCUGGUCGUCAUCGAGCCGCUGCUUAUCGACCAAGAUUACUAUGCGCGAGUCGAAGGCCGCGAAAUCAUCUCCAAUCUCUCAAAAGCAGCGGGACUGGCACACAUGAUCUCCACCAUGCGUCCGGAUAUCGACCACGUGGACGAAUACGUGCGAAACACCACCGCUCGUGCAUUCGCUGUUGUCGCCUCUGCCCUCGGCAUCCCAACCCUCCUACCCUUCCUCAAAGCGGUUUGCAAGUCGAAGAAGUCGUGGCAAGCACGACACACCGGCGUCAAGAUCGUCCAACAAAUCCCUAUCCUCAUGGGCUGUGCCGUGCUACCUCACCUCAAAGGCCUUGUGGAGUGCAUAGGCGACAACCUGAACGAUGAGCAAGCCAAGGUGCGCACGGUGACCUCACUUGCUCUCGCUGCUCUUGCAGAGGCCUCCAACCCCUUUGGUAUCGAGAGCUUCGACGAUAUCCUCAACCCACUGUGGACCGGCGCGCGUAAACAGCGCGGCAAGGGUCUGGCAGGCUACCUCAAGGCUGUCGGCUACAUCAUUCCGCUCAUGGACGAGGAGUACAGCAACUACUACACAACGCAGAUCAUGGAGAUCCUGCUGCGCGAAUUCCAAAGCCCGGAUGAGGAGAUGAAGAAGGUGGUCCUCAAAGUCAUCAGUCAAUGCGCUGGCACUAGCGGUGUGACGAGCGCCUACUUGAAGGAGACUGUGUUGACCGAUUUCUUUAAGAGCUUCUGGGUCAGACGCAUGGCUUUGGACAAGAGAAACUACAAACAGGUAGUCGAUACAACCGUCGAUCUCGGCAACAAGGUUGGAGUCGGCGAGAUUGUGGAACGAAUCGUUGGCAAUCUGAAGGACGAAAGUGAAGCGUACCGCAAGAUGACUGUGGAGACCAUCGAAAAGGUUAUCUCCGCAAUGGGCGCUGCCGACAUCGAUGAACGACUGGAGGAGCGACUCGUAGACGGCAUUCUGCACGCCUUCCAAGAACAAAGUGUCGAGGACAUUGUGCUGCUUAACGGGUUCGGAACUGUGGUCACUGCGCUUGGAACCAGGUGCAAGCCGUAUUUGCCCCAGAUUGUGUCGACCAUCCUCUGGAGACUCAACAACAAGUCGGCAACAGUCAGGCAGCAGGCUGCUGAUCUGAUUACGAGGAUCGCCGUGGUGAUGAAGCAGUGUGGCGAAGACGCACUCAUGGGCAAGCUGGGCACGGUGCUGUAUGAGUAUCUCGGGGAGGAAUAUCCGGAAGUGCUCGGAUCGAUCUUGGGCGCGAUGAGAAGCAUCGUCACGGUGGUCGGCAUUACUAGCAUGCAGCCACCCAUCCGUGACUUACUGCCGCGCCUCACGCCGAUUCUGCGCAACCGACACGAGAAAGUGCAGGAGAACACCAUCGAUCUCGUCGGCCGCAUUGCCGAUCGCGGACCCGAGAGCGUCAACGCGCGAGAGUGGAUGCGCAUCUGCUUCGAGCUGCUCGACAUGCUCAAAGCGCACAAGAAGGGCAUCCGGCGCGCGGCCAACAAUACCUUUGGCUUCAUCGCCAAAGCCAUCGGCCCCCAAGACGUCCUGGCCACGCUGCUCAACAACCUCCGCGUGCAAGAGCGCCAAAGCCGCGUGUGCACCGCCGUAGCCAUCGGCAUCGUCGCCGAGACCUGCGCCCCCUUCACCGUCCUCCCCGCCCUCAUGAACGAAUACCGCGUGCCGGAGCUGAACGUGCAAAACGGCGUGCUGAAAUCCCUCUCCUUCCUCUUCGAGUACAUCGGCGAAAUGGCAAAAGACUACGUCUACGCCGUCACGCCGCUGCUCGAAGACGCGCUCAUCGACCGCGACCAAGUGCACCGCCAGACGGCCGCGAGCGUCGUCAAGCACAUUGCCCUCGGCGUCGUCGGCCUCGGCUGCGAAGACGCCAUGCUGCACCUGCUCAACCUGCUCUACCCCAACCUGUUCGAGACGAGUCCGCACGUCAUCGACCGCGUCGUCGAGGCCAUCGACGCCAUUCGCGUCGCCAUCGGCACCGGCGCCGUGCUGAAUUACGUGUGGGCCGGCUUGUUCCACCCGGCGCGCAAGGUGCGCACGCCGUACUGGCGCUUGUAUAAUGAUGCGUAUGUGCAGGCCGCGGAUGCCAUGGUGCCUUACUACCCGCCGUUGGAGGAGGAUCAGUUGAGGCGGAUGGAGUUGACGAUCAUGAUUUGACGCGGCGGAGCAGAAGGACUUCGCAUUGGGAUGUGCUGCGGCCGGAUGUGAGAGGUGUUCCCCUCGGCCAGGGCUAGCAAGGAGUUGAGUGCGGGAAGAAAAGAGGUUGUAGCAGUAGCUGAGUGACUGGCCAUUGACGCUGGGUACGAUAGCAACGUGCAACGAGUUUUGAAAAUGACUUCCACAGUUUGUAUAAUCUGAGGAAAAUCAAAGGGAGGCGUGAUGAAAGAAUGC